AUGCACUUCAACGCAGCAAUGCUCGACCUGCACAGCCGCCUCCACCUGCUAGACCAGCGCCGGGAGGCGCGAGAUAACAAAGUAGAGCCCGCACCUGCGCUCGAGGCCGGCGCGCCGCCGCACGGGACCGCCGUCGGCGGCAGCGGUGAAGGCUCGGAGGAGGCGGGCGGCAGGGGCCGCGUGGCGGCGGCGCUGCUGGAUCAGGCGCUUGAGCUUGGAGAGGAGUUGGAGGGGCAGCGGGGCCGCCAGCAGCAGCAGCAGCAGCAGCAGCAGCAGCAGCAGCAGCAGGGUCAGGCCGCUGCUGCAGACGAUGGCGGCGACGCGGCGGGCGAGUCGCAGGUGCUGCGCUGGUUCGACCCGGAGUCGCGGCGGCAGCGCCAGGCGCGCGCGGCGGUGCUGGCUGUCAGGAGGCACCAACGAGAGGCGCGCGCCGGCCGCGCCCCGCGCGCGCGGCUGGCGGCGGCCAACGCGGCCGUCAUGCGGGCGGCGGCGCGGAGCCUGAUGCGGGCGGAGGGUGGGGACCCGGCGAGCGGGUGGCAGCACGGGCGGGGGCACGCGGCGGCGCUGCUGUGCUUCGACGAGCUGCAGGUGACUGAUGUGUGGAGCGCGGUGGCGCUCAAGGCGCUGCUGGAGGCCCUCACGGCGGAGGGCUGCGUGGUCGUGAUGACGUCAAACAGGGCCCCGCACGAGCUGCCGCGCCAUGGCCUGCACGAGGCGAUGUGGGAGCACUUCACACACAGCCUGCUGACUUCAUGUGACGUCAUCGAGCUGUCCGCCGCAGACGACUACCGUCGGCUGACGCUCGAGGGCGGCGCGGCGCGGCGGCUGCAGCUGCCGCUGGCCCCGCCAGCUGUCCCUGCUCACCCUGGCGCAGCCGAUGCGUCCCUUCCCGCGGCGCCUCUCGGGCUGGCUGCCUUGGACGGCGCGGUCGGCGGCAGCAGCGGGAUUUCGCUCGAGAGUGAACGGCUGUAUUUCUGGCCGCUGGGGCAAGCAGCAGAAGCCGCGAUGGAGCGCGUGUGGCGCGGCGUCGCGCCGCCGGGCGCGGCGGCGCCGGCGCCGGCGGUGGUGCCCGUGCUCUUCGGGCGCGAAGUGGUGGUGCAGCGGUCGGCGGGCGGCGCGGCCUGGUUUGAUUUUUCGGAGCUCUGCGCCCGCCCCCUGGGCAGUGCCGACUACCUUGCCCUCAGCCACCGCUUCCACACUGUGUUCAUAUCAGGCGUCCCCGCCAUGUCCAUGCAGGUCAGGGACCAGGCGCGGCGCUUCAUAACCCUCGUGGAUGAGCUAUACAACGCCAGAACACUGCUGGUGCUGUCGGCAGACGCAGCGCCGGACGCGCUGUUCGGGGGCGCGGCCGCCGGGGAGGAGCCCAUCAUUGACUUCGAGGGCCUCCAGUUCGAGACGGCGGCGGAAGGCGCGCGCCUGCGGCGCGACACGCAGGCCGAGGGCAGCGUCGCGCCCGUCGCGUCCACCGAGGCCGCUGCGCGCGCCGCUGCCGCCGCGCUCGGCGGCGCGGAGGAGCGCUUCGCGUUCGCGCGCGCUGUGUCGCGGCUGUACGAAAUGCAGUCGGCCCUCUACAUUCGAGCGCGGGCGAGGGCGUAG